AUGGCCAGCAGUCACACCAUCAUUUUAUUUGCCCUGCUUCAGCUGCCCUUCUACGGCGUCUUGAGCCGCACCAAUGCCACCUGCCCUGGCCCCUGCCAGUGCUUCUCCAUCACUACCAUGAUUUGCUCGGAUGAUCAGAUGAUGGCUUUGCCCGCAGACAUCCCCCCACAGGUGAGAACUCUGAUCGUUGUGGCGUCCAGCGUGGGGGCUGUCGCCUUCCGAGAAGAGGUCCAUCUGACGAAGCUUGUGCUCCUCAACAACCCUGUUAAUAUGGUCUCCUCUCACGCCUUCGAGCAGCUGACUGGUCUAGAGGAGCUGGAGAUCAGCGGGAGUCCGCUCAUGGCCAUAGAGUCUGGGGCCUUCCAAACCCUGUGCAAACUCAGCACGCUUCUCCUGAACAAUAACAAGCUGAAGAUUUUACCUCCAGGUAUCCUUGAUGUUCUCCAGAGGCUCCAGACCCUACAGCUGAGAGGAAACGGCCUCCAAUACCUGGGCACCAAGCACCUUCACAACCUCCACAACCUCCAGCACCUUGACCUGUCCUUCAACCAGCUUCCAUCGCCAGAUGAAGACUUCCUGAGUGGUCUGGACCAGCUGAAGACCUUGGACCUGGGCUUGAACCAGAUCAGAUCUUUGCUGAAAGGCAUCUUCAGUGCCACACUGCAACUACGGAUCCUCUCACUCCGAGGAAACCAGGUCACCAAUCUCCCACAGGGCAUUUUUACCCAGUUGAAGAGCUUGGAGGAACUGAAUCUCAGAGACAACAGAGUUUCAGAACUUAGUGCUGGGGUGUUCCCCGGCAGUCUGAAGAAGCUCGUGCUCAGAGGAAACGGCCUGGUGCAGCUCCCCUCCACUGCGUUUGGUGACCUUCGGUAUCUCACUCACCUGGACCUGUCCCACAACCGGCUGUCCACCAUCCCUGCAGAGCUAUUACAGAACCUUUCCAGCUUGGAGUACUUCAGCAUAUCUGCAAAUCAGAUCUCUGAGCUCCAUGGCACCUCUUUCCAAGGGCUGCUCAACCUCAAAACCAUUCAUCUGCAGGCAAACAACCUGAGCUUCCUGGAGGCGGAUCUCUUCAAAGACCAAGAAGAGAUGUCGCGGCUCUUCCUGUCCAGAAACAGACUGCAGAGCCUUCCCUAUGGCUUCUUCGAGUCCUUUGGCAUUGAAAGCCUGGUGCAGCUCCAUGACAACCCAUGGCACUGCAACUGCAGCCUGCUCUACCUCCGCGAGUGGUUGGAAUACAGCAGCGGUGCAGUGGAGGAGGUCAGUCAGAUCCUGUGCUUUAGCCCUGAGCCCGUCCGUGGCAAGAGGCUGGCCUCCCUGGGUAAGGAUCAGCUCGUCUGCACAAACAGCUCAGAAGCCAAGUCAAGGGAUGACGCCACUGGACCAACGGACGUGGAGAUCUCCACCAGUGCCGCCUCUAAAACCAAACACUGCAGCCUCCAAGAUAUCAAUGGCACCUUGGUCAUUAAAUGCAGACUUAUGAAAUGUUCCAACUUAAAGGUUGAGACUCAUUUUCAUCUGGUUGACGGGAGCACUUUUACUCAUAUGCAAACAGCAAAAUGGCCAAAACACACUCAGUGCUUAAGUGGGACUGUAACACUCACUGUUUAA